UUUUGUUUUUUUUUUUCUGCUUUUUUGCCUUUGGUUUGUUUCUUGUUUUGUUCCGACUGCAAUGGCGACUUCUGCUCGGCUGCUGAUGCUGCAGCUUUCGCUUGUGGUGCUUGUGUUCACCGGUGCAUUUGUUGCUGCCGACACAGGAUCGUUCAACGGAGGAGGGUACUAUGCUACCUUCCCCACGCUCGUCUUGCCUGAUGCGCCCACACCCAUCCGCCUGGAUUUCAAGACAGCAUCUGCGGUUGGCUUGCUGAUGUACACGGGCGGACUGGCAGGUAUCGAUUUCCUCUCCCUGGAGCUCCAAGACGCGAACGUUGUCUUCCGCUGGAACUGCGGCUCUGGUGCUGGCCAGCUGAUCGUUUCUGGCCCCUUCAACGAUAACCAGUGGCACACCAUUGAUGCAUCCAUUCAUUUCCGUGACGCGUCGCUGACGGUCGAUACCCGGCCGACAGUGUCUGGCAGCAGCCCUGGCGCCCUUCUCUCGGUAAACGCUACAGGCCCGCUCUGCGUGGGUGGCAUCCCAGACGAUGUCACACUGCAGGCAGGUUCUACCACAGCGACCUUGUUUAAUGGUUGCCUUCGCAACGCGAGGGUUGGCAGCAAGGGCCUUCUCAACUUUGCGUCCGCCGUCACAGUCAACCUGGCGGAUGCAGACAUGUGCACCCAGCAUUCAAACUACCUGGCCAAGUUCGAAACGGGUUCGUUUGUCGAGUUGCCCAAGCUGGAAAUUGCUCACACAAGCGUGUUUGAGCUCGAGUUCCGCACAAACAACGGCUCGGGUCUGCUCCUUUACCAGCCCGGCUUGAACGGUGUCGAUUUCGUCUCACUCGAGCUCAUCAAUGGUCGAGUGUCCUUCCAGUGGAACUGCGGAUCAGGCAAGGGCACCGUAGUUUCAUCCAGCAUCAACAACCUCAAAAACAAGAUCUGGCACCGCGUUGUCGCCACUCUGUCCGGAACAGAAGGCGAGUUGAAGAUUGACAACAUCUUCACCAGCACUGGCUCAUCGCCUGGCGAGGCCACUGGUUUGACGACAACCCGUUUUGCCUACAUUGGCGGCCUUCCUUGGGACGUGGUUCCGCACCCUGAUAGCAUUAGCACGUCCGCGUUCCGAGGCUGCAUCCGCAACGUUGUCCUGCCCGGCGUUCGCGGUGUUGUUGACUUUGAGCAACUCGCAGUGUCCUCAGCCGUCGCUGGCUAUGUCUGCAAGUCGACUUGCGCGAUCUUUGACAAGAACUCUUUCGUGGCGUUCCCCGGAGCCCGCGUUGAUGCAGAUGGCUCGUCACUGCGCAUGACUGUGUCGACACGCCGUGACAAGGCUUUGCUGGCCUUCCAGGCCGGAGACGACGAUAGUGAUUGGAUUGCCGUUGCUAUCGAUGAUGGCUACGUCUUUGCUGCAUACCACCGUGCUGAGGUGGAGCCCAUGGCAACUGUCCGAUCCAGCAACACUGUGAAUGAUGGACUCCCCCACCAUGUGUCGGUCUCGUGGCACAAUGACCUUGUUGUUUUGGUGGUUGACUCGAGCGUUGGCAAUGCCACUGUGGCCAGCGACACGCUGCCUCCAUUUGCGCCUCAGGGCUCUCUUCUGUUGGGUGGAGUGCCAAACCACUACGAGAUUCCAGACUCUUUGACCGAGCUGGCGCCGUCCCUCACAUUCGAAGGCUCCAUCUCUGAAGUUGCACUGACGGGUUUCGCCGCAGACCGCGAUUUUGUGACUGACGCGACAGUUCGUGUUCUUGCUGCUGAUUCCUGUUCAGAAACGCCGCGUCCCCCGAUUAGCUUUGCGUUUGCUGGUUCGGCAUUCCUGUUCCAUUACUACAUUGGAGCCAUGGAACGGCUCUUGGAGCUGCGCCUCGUUGACCGCUCAUCAACUCUGUUUGGAGGCAUCAGCGGCGGUGCAAUCAUUUCGACAGCAACAUGCUCCGGAGUGUCACUUGACGAGCUCAAAGUUGGCUUUGCCGAGAUGUACGCCGGCUGCCACGCGAAUAUCGAGUCUUGCACAGGCACGCUGAGUCCGUUGGCCAAACGCAAGUUUUACGACCAAAUGUUUGACCAAGCGGCCUACGAGAAAUGCGGCAAGGGUCGUGUCCGUGUCGGCUACACGCUGCUAAACAAGCUCAGCACUGGCUUUGAUGAUGCCAAGCCCGCUGUGGCAUUCUCGUUUGUGAGUGCGGCAGAUCUUGUAGAGGCGCUUCUUGCCAGCUCGUACCUCAGCUGCUUUGUCGCCCCAUGGGUGUACACCACCUUCCGUGGGCAACCAGCCAUUGACGGUGGUUACAAGGCGGAUUAUAACCAAAUCUGCCAUCCAGGCACCACCUGCAUCAAGAUUUCUGCUUAUGUUGUUGGUACGAAUGUCACGGAAGGCCGCCCGGACCCUUCCUGGGCGUGCAUCCAACGCUACCAGACGACUGGUGCCUUGCACAACUGGCCGCGCUUAAACUCUCCCGAGUGGACGCUGCCCACCGACUGCGAGUACGACUACGAGGUGUUCCACACACCGACUCGGCCUGACAUUCAUCCCGGCAAGCGCACGCAAGUUCCAUACUCCCAAGAACAGUGGCAGACACUGUCGAUCUGCAUGGGUGCUGAGGAAGACCAAACGGCUGAACUGCAGCUUGGCCGUGAUGAUGUCGAUGCGUGGUACGAGCAGUCCUACCUGACGUACUCUGGCGCGUACUGGGAGCUCGGCACCUUGGAGCUGUGAGCGCGACUAACACCUGCUGCUUGUCAGUGCAUGACUUUGCUCGUUUGUUUUUUUGGUGUGUGUGUGUCACGGCAUGCCAUUCAGUGUUGCAAUUACGACUUGCCUUUCACUUGAUUCUUUUAAUAAAGCUUCAUACGGCACACAAACCAUGA